UGCUCAAACUCAGGCACCAGACAACCACUCCGAAACGAACUCCAUCUUCCAGAUCUUGCCGCUCACAUUCCUGCCUAAUUCUGCCUCGGACUCAACUUAGAAAACACUUGCAUUACAAAGUAGCUGGAGAAGUGGUCUCAGCGCUUGUGAAGUCAGCAUAUUUUAGAGAAGAAAAUAAUUGAUCAUGAUUUCCUUCUGAGGAGACAGAGAUGAAAAGCUGAUCACAGACCUCCCGGAUCUGUUGUUUUUGGAAAUUUAAAAAUGGACCCUAAAAAGUGCUAGAUUUACAAUGCGAAAUGUCACAAUCCUGUGUUUACUCUAUGGAACCUUGACACUUGGGAUCUUGUCAGCUCUGUUAUAUGUACAUUUUCACCGUGGUCAUGUGAGCAACUGGCAGAAGAAACCCCAGGAGCCUGCAUCAAUUUGGAAACUUGAUAAAAAAUUGCAACAGCAAGCUAUCCACGGCUCAGGGCAAAUACCAAGACAACAUGUAAGAACUGAAAGACGUAACAAAGAUGAAACUAAGGAACGGCGUCCAUUUUUAAAAUUAGGUGAGAAUUUUAACUAUACGGACCCAGAAUUUCUUCAUGGCCUUUUAAUAUAUGGACUUAAUACCAUUAUCAGUAAAAGCUUGGGCAAUCAGAGACAUGUGCCAGAUACCAGGGAUAAAAUGUGUCUUAAAAAACGUUACCCAACCAGGCUACCUACUGCCAGCGUUGUCAUUUGUUUUCACAAUGAAGAAUUUAAUACCUUGUUUCGGACAGUGUCCAGUGUCAUGAACCUCACUCCACACCAGAUCCUUGAAGAAAUUAUUUUGGUAGAUGACAUGAGCGAAUUUGAUGAUCUGAAAGAAAAACUAGACUAUCACCUGGAAAUUUUUCGGGAGAAGAUUAAAAUAAUAAGAACCAAAAGGAGGGAGGGGCUGAUCCGUGCAAGGCUGAUGGGAGCAGCGCGCGCUUCAGGGGACGUGCUGGUGUUCCUGGACAGCCACUGUGAAGUGAACAGAGUCUGGCUGGAGCCCUUGCUGGCGGCCAUCGCCAAGGACCGCAAAAUGGUGGUGUGCCCCAUGGUGGAUUCCAUUGACCACCUGACACUGAACUACUAUCCCUCUCCUAUUGUAAGAGGAGCUUUCAACUGGCAACUACAAUUUGAAUGGGACACUGUUUUCACUUAUGAGAUGGAUGGACCAGAAGGACCCACCACACCCAUCCGGACCCCUGCAAUGUCUGGAGGAAUUUUUGCUAUAAAUCGGCAUUAUUUUAACGAGAUCGGACAGUACGACAAGGAAAUGAACCUCUGGGGAGCAGAAAAUUUGGAACUUUCACUAAGGAUCUGGAUGUGUGGAGGCCAGCUCUUUAUACUGCCCUGCUCGCGAGUAGGACAUGUUGAUAGACAUAUUAUCCACAAUGUAACCCAAGUUCUCAAAGCCCUGAGAUAUAACAACCUCAGACUGGUGCAUGUCUGGCUGGAUGAAUACAAGGAGCAGUUUUUUUUACGAAGACCUGAUCUGAAAUCCACCCCCUAUGGAAACAUUAGUGAGCGUGUUGAAUUAAGGAGACGAUUGGGCUGCAAAUCAUUUCAGUGGUAUCUGGAUACUGUCUUCCCAGAACUGGAGACAUUUGAUGAAAUGAAAGCAAAUAAUUUUCAUCAAUAAAGGGUUAAAAAGUCCCCUCGGCCUUCAACACAGAGAAGAGCACAAGUUUGGGACAUCGUGACAUUGUAUGAAAUACAGCCAGAGUGGUCUACAACAGGA